AUGAUAAAUACCAUAAAUCCAUUAGAUGAAGCAUUGAUUGACAAAAUUAGAAACUUAGAAUAGUAGAUAGCAUAAAAAGAUAGAGAAUAAUACAUUAUUUUGAAUAAUUUAUAAAGAAAAAAUAGAGAAUUGAAAAACUAAUUUCAAUAAACAUAAAGACAGAAUAUGGGUAUAUAUAAUAAUAUAUAUAAAUAUAUAGAUACAAAAAAAGAAGUUUUAUAAUUGUAAUCUAAAAAUGAUCAUUUCAAAAUUUAAGUUGAAAACUAUUCAAAUGAAAUUCAAGAUCUAAAAUAAAAACAAUAGUAAUUUUUAAACGAAUAAGAAUUUUUAUCAUAAGAGAUUAAGUAUCUUAAAUCUGAACUCAAGUAAGAUUAAUUGAUAGAAUCAGAAAUACUAAAAAAAAAUGAAUAAUUAAAACGAUUACAUAACACAAUCAAUGAAUUAGAAAAAUAAUUAAGACUCUUAUAAUUAAAUUAGUAAUAAAAUUCAUAAUAAUUAUAUUAAACUUAAUAAAUAAAUAAUACUAUAUAGCCUUGUUAAAUACACUAACAAAAUGAAGAAAUUACUAUACCUGUAUAUGUUCCUAUUAUUGAACAAACUAAAUACAUUGAAUAACCAAUAAAAGUAUUACUAUUAUCUUAUAUUUAAGUAAUAUUAAGUUGAAAGGAUAGUAGAAACAACUAACUCUAAUAUGAUAAAACCAUAAUCUGUCUGUUUCUAGCCAGUUCAUUAUACUACUUAAUAACAUUGGGUUUCAAUGUAACCUGUUCAUAGUCAUCAUAAUCAUCAUCAUCAUCAUUCUUGUUAAUCAAAUUAUGGAUAUAAGUAUUCAUAUUAUUGA